AAAAUCCACCCUAGCAUCAUGCCCUGGCUGGAGUCCACCUUCAUUCAUUCAGACAUGGCAAGCAAGAAGGCUUCCAACAGAGACAGAGGGGAGGACAGAAGUCCAGCUCAAAUGUCUUUUCCAUGUUUGAGCAGUCCCAGAUCCAGGAGUUCAAGGAGGCGUUCGGCUGCAUUGACCAAGACAGAGACGGUGUCAUCAAAAAACAGGACCUGAAGGAGACUUAUGCACAGCUGGGGAAGCUCAAUGUCAAAGAUGAAGAAUUGGAUAAAAUGUUGAAUGAGGGAAAGGGUCCCAUCAACUUUACUGUGUUUCUGGCUCUUUUUGGAGAGAAACUCAAUGGUACUGAUCCUGACACCAUACUGGCAGCCUUCAAACCUUUUGACCCCAAUGGGACAGGCUUUGUUAAUAAGGAUGAAUUUAGACGAUUACUCAUGAACCAGGCUGAUAAAUUCACAGCCGAGGAGGUGGACCAGGCCUUUUGCUCUCGCUCCCAUAGACCCAACUGAACAUUGAUUACAAGUCUCUCUGCUACAUCAUUACACAUGGAGAUGAGAAGGAAGAAUCAUGAAAGGGACAGCUGCGUGAAGGCAUCUCACAAAGUUCAGCUAAACCUGUCAAAAUGUCUGAUUCACUCCACCUCACACUCCUGCAAAGCCUUUUGGAACUUUCUCAUUUGUUUCUAAGUUACUAAGAAUAAAGUUAUGGCGUCCUCAAAAAUUUCCUUAUUGAUCACAAAUGCUCAUUUUGUUCAAUUCUGUGAUUCCAAAAGAAAUAAAUCUCCUGCACAUUGAAAAGGUCAGUAAAGGCAGGUACAUGUUUUGUUAUUCCACAAAUUACAUUAAAAUAUGUUUUUACAUAAGAAGAGAUAACUGCCAGGAUUAAAAGCUAUUUUUGUCAUUAUAUGCGGGAACAAAAACCAAAAGCAAGAUUUUAUUGUGUCUGAUGCAACAAAAAUCACCAAAAUAACCAAAAUUUUUAAAGUAAAAUGGGAAUUAAAAAGCAAACAAAUAAACAAACAAACAAAUCCCCCCAGAAAACCAUGACAGACAGGGAAAAAAUAAGAAGAAAGACACAGAAAUAAACUAGGCUCCAGGAGAGGGAAACAAAAGACAUCUUCACAUAGGACACAUGGAAGACUGGGCUAUAUACAUAUACCCACAGAGGGCUGAUCAGGGAUAGAAACAGGAGACAACAGGUGAAUCAGGGGGAGAGCAGACAGGAAGCAAAGCUAACCUUCAAAGUAAAAUGGAGGGGAAAAAAUAAGAGACAUCAAAACUAACACUGGACGAGGAAACACGGAGGACCAAGACAGAAACAUGAAGAUAAGAGGAAGGUAGGCACAGGCAAGAACACUGUGGAGACCUCUGCCAUCUGUUACUUAGACGUUGCGGAGUUGGUUAUUGGUGUGUUCUAAUUUCUGUUCAAAUUUUGUAGACCUGCAAUCAACUUCCAGUAUUUUUAUAACCGAUUCGAUGUUGUGUUUACUGACCCACU